AUGGGAUUAUGCUCAUCUAAGAAAUUAGAGUCUAAACGAAAUAUUAUUGUCAGAUUAGAGGAUCAUGUCAAAAAGAUAGAUUAAAAUAAUGUUCACGAUCAAGCUUUAUUAAUUUUAUAUAAUAGCAGAAACUAAAGAGCAUCACAUUUGAAUGAACCUAUAAUGAGUGGAUUUAGUAAACAAUUUCAAAAAACAUAAGAGCCUUCUCAAAAAAGCUCUGCUUGA